AUGAACUCCCAGUUCAAAAUCAUCGAGCACGCUAUUCCCUGCUCUUGCAUCCGUGAAUACCACCACCAAGUCAAGACAGACAGACCAUUGCAAUUGGAAAGCAAGCAAUACAUCGCACUCAACAACUCCAACCACAGUCAGGAUGGCAUAUCGAUCAUAGCAGGACAUGCGAAUGGGACUCGCAAGGAGUGUUAUGAGCCUCUUUGGGAUGAGCUGAUGACAAGCUUCGAGGGGAAAAACAAGGCUAUCUGGUUCGCGGACUGCUCCAACCAAGGCGCCAGUGGAGUGUUGAACGAAGAUAACUUUGGCGACGAUCCGAACUGGUUUGACCACUCUCGAGAUCUGCUGGGUAUGGUGAACGAUUUCAGUGAUCAGAUCGAGCCUCCAAUCGUGGGAGUUGCACAUAGUUUCAGCUGCUCGCAAUUUGUUCAUCUGUCAAUAAUGCAUCCCCGGCUCUUUCAUUCUCUCAUCUUUCUCGAACCCAUGAUUCAAGUCGAAAGUCCUUGUAAAUUGGGUGGACGAAGUCCGGCUCUCUGGGCCAGCACCCGACCUGAUCUGUGGUCCUCACGGCACGAAGCCGAGAUGUAUAUCCGCAGUGACCCAUUCUGGCGCCGCUGGGAUUCCCGUGUAGUCGAUAGAUAUAUACAAUAUGGCCGUUGUGCUCUCCCGACGGCGCUCUACCUCCUCCACGCCCCAGGAAGACCCCUCCUACCUGAAGCCGUGACUUUGACCACUACCAAAGCGCAGGAAGCCUGGACAUACUUACGCCUCAAUGCAACGCCUGAGAUAGAUAGUGACGACAAGAGUGGUUCUCCUACAAGGACAGAGCGUUUUCUAGGCCCGGACUUAUCCCUCUCUGCCAAGGAAGGCGACAAUAACAACCGGAGUUAUGUGACAAUAUGCCCGUGGUCAUGUAUUGCCUUUGAGCUUCUUCCAUACGUCCGGCCACCGGAUAAGAUGAAUCGAAUUGGGACUGGGCUUGGCGGAGGCAGGCAAGUUCGAGCUGAAGUCUUGCUCGGAACCUCCCACAUGGCACCGCUGGAGAUGGUGCAGGAUACAGCUUGUCUGAUGUCUGGCUGGUUAGAAGUUCAGUUGAAUGCAUACCGCGAGGAAUUGGAGUUUUGGAUGCGCCACGACAGCAAGAAGUCUGAACAGGGUGGAAAGGCUUUAUCGGCCCAAUGA